UUUAAUCACCUCAUUAACCAAAGUUAAAUUGAUCAUAAUUAUCAUGGUGCUUUUGAUUAGAGUGGUAAAAGUUUGAGUUUAUUUUUCUUGAUUGAGUUUAAAUUGUCUCAUAAUCCAUUUGAAUUUUGGUCAAAUUGGUUAAUCAUCGAUAAAAAUUAUCAUCAUGGUUAAGCCUAAGGAGAUGAUUGAAUUGAUUAAAUUGCUUCGUAUUGAUGUUUACAUGGCUUUAUUCAUGUUCGGCUAUGGUGUUUAUCAAGUUCCCAAUGUUGAACUUACUCAGUCCAAAAUUUGUCUCAAUGAACUUGGUCAAGAUGAAAGUCUAUGUGACAAUUUAUCUUCCGGUGAAACUUCAACAGCUGAGAUUCAGUCUCAGGUUCUGAUCGGUGCCACAUCGAUUCACAAUUAUCAGACUUUGGUGGCCACAAUUCCAGGAGUAAUUCAGUCGUUUUUCUUUGGCUAUUGGAUAGAUAAAUAUCCAUCUCAUAUAAGGUCACUUUUGAUUCUUCCAUGUGUCGGUGUUUUAAUUCAAUCGCUUAUCAUGAUUUACCAGUGUAUCUACUUUGAUGUAGCGGUCAUCUAUUCACUUUGGGCUUACCUCUCACUUGGUCUCGGUGGUGGUCAGUCUUUGGUUCUUGCUGCUUCCUUUACCUAUGCAGCUAAAAAAACGCCUCAAAAAUUUAGAUCAGUAAGAUUUGCCAUCGUUGAUUUAUUCAUAUUUACAGCUUAUCCGAUCGCCGUGAUGUUUGGUGGGAAAAUAUUGGCCGCACAAACGUGGUUUGGCCCAGGAAAACGUAAUUUUACCGGCGUAUUUGCAACGAGUGCGAUUACCAUGAUAAUCGCCAUAAUUUGGGCGAUAUAUUUCAUCGAUGAUUCUGUUUCUAAAUCAGAUAAAACCAUCGCUGUACCAACAUCAUCAUCUGCAACAGGGGAAACAUCGAUGACAGAAAUUGAUCUUGCCGAUGGUGAAAAUAAGGUCGAUAACGUUCAAUCGAAUGACAAAAUAGGAGCUUGGGCAAUUGCUGCCGAUAUAUUUGACUUCAAUAACGUUAAAACUACAAUGAAAACUUUCCUACGUGAUCGUCCCGAUAAUGGACGUAAAAAGGUCACUUUAUUAGCCUCGAGUGUUUUACUCGUUUUCAUAAGUUUAAUUAGCGAGUCAAUGUUUGGUUUCCAAUAUACGGAGAAAGCAUUUCUCUGGGAUUACCAGAAAUACUCAAAUACUUAUGGCUACAUUCAACUAAUCCAAUCAUUUGGAACCAUUAGUGGAUCCAUGUUAUUCAAGAAUACUUUUAAAUUGGACGAUGCCGAAGUCGCAGCAAUUGGGAUAUUAUCUCAUCUCAUUGGUAAUCUAAUCAAAGGUAUACCAACAGUUGAAUGUUAUAUCAUUGGCUCGUUAGCAUUUUGUUUAUCUGGUAUCGCAAUUCCCGCGACUCGAUCAUGUCUCACUCGAAUCAUUGAUUUCAAUGAGAUCGGUCAAAUUUUAGCAAUGAUUUCAUGUAUGCAAGCAUUGGGACCACUUGCCAGUAUGCAGACCACGGCAAUUUUCAAGGCCACAAUUGACACCGCACCAGGGACAACUUAUCACUUUCUAGCAGUUUCCGUGAUAGUCCCGUUAAUUAUUCAUCUAUGGGUCAGUUUGACCAAUAAUUCACUGGAAGAAGAUGCCAAUAAAUCAACCAAAGUGAGAUUUGAAAUUGGUGAUGGCAAAGAAUCAGUUAACAUUCAAGGAUUAAGUGAAACUCGAGCUGAAGAUAAACUUUAGAUCAACAAUUAAGUAAAAAAAUCACUUUUUAUAUAAUCAAAAUUGACAAUCAAUCAAAAUACAAAUCAUAUGGAAUCACAUCCAUCAAUUAACAAGAACAUUAAAUUGGAUGAAAAAAAAGUCCAUUGAUUAGUUUUCACACUGACAACUUUUAAAUUGAUUAUUGUAAUCUAAUUUUAGAUGAUUAAAUUAAACUAUUUUUCACAACAA